GAGCCCUUCACGACGCUGCUUCCGGAGAGCGUGUUCAACUGCGCCCUGUACCUCUGGAACAUCCUCGCCUCCAGCCGGUUCUCCGCCCAGCCGACCUCAAAGCUGAUCCACCUCGGGGAGAGCGGCAAGGGCGAGGCCCCCGCCGACAAGGGGCCCGGCUCCUCGGCCAAGGGCCAGCUGCUCCGCGAGGUGCCCUUGGGGAUCUCGCGCGUCUACAUCCUCUACGCGCUCGCCAAGCAGGCGCAGACCCUGGGCGCUUUCAAGCUCGCGCGCAUGGCGUACGACAAGCUGCAGGUGUUGCGAGUGCUUCCCGCGUGGCAGCACCAGAUCGACCUGAGCUGCCUCACCAUUCGCUCCAAGGCAUACAGCGACCAGGACGACCUCCUCCCCGUGUGCAAUUGGUGCAUGACCACGAACCCGCUCCUGCGGUCGAACCUGGACAGCUGCGUGAACUGCGGCCACCCGUUCUUAAGGACUUUCCUCGGCUUCGAGUGCCUCCCCCUGGUGGAGUUCGAGCCCGAGCCCGACAUCCCGAUGGACGAGGCCAUGAAGCUGAUCGCCCGCGAGCCGCGCACGAGGCGCGCGGGCAACGGCGACGGCUGGCAGGAGGGCACGCGUGGCGGGGCCGACGUCAUGUCCCUGCGAGGGGGGCGGGAGGACGACGGCACCACGGACCUGUUCGUGCAGAAGAUGUUGGACGCUGCCAACUACUUCGUGCCAGGCGAGGACCACCAGCCCAUCAAGGUCGACAGAGACACGUUGGCCGAGUUGAGGCAGGAGGACGUCUACAUCGUGGAUUUCAAGAAGUACUCGCCAUUGUUGCCGGUGCGCUAUUUCCGCUCGAUGAUACCCGAGGUGGUCGGACGCCGAAUAAGCUCCACCGUGCGGUUCCCUCAGAGGAGUAAUCCAGCUCCAUUAUUAUGUCUUUCAUCCUCUACCCUCCCUGCUUACGGACAGAAACGCUUGCUUAGCGUGUCGCGCCGCCGGUGGUAG